AUGAACACCUUCCUGCUCUCUGCACUGUGCCUCCUUGGGGCCUGGGCCGCCCUAGCAGGGGGAGUCACCAUGAAGGAUGGAGAGUUCUCCUUUUCUCUGGAGUCAGUGAAGAAGCUCAAGGACCUCCAGCAGCUCCAGGAGCCUAGGAGGUCUAGAAAUACUGGUGGAUCCCUCGUUCCCAUCCUCUGUAGCUCCCUGAGGUUUCCCGAAGAACUCAAGCCUCUCUGCAAGGAGCCCAAUGCCCAGGAGAUCCUGGAGAGGCUAGAGGCCAUCGCCGAGGAUCCGAGCACGUGUGAGGUCUGUGCCUACGCUGCCUGUGCUGGAUGCUAGGACGGCGGGUGCUCGCUACCUUCUGUCCCUCCCUCGCAGGCCGCUCCCCCUCCUCGCAGCUCCACCUACCCAGAAUGGAGGAGUGACGAGAGGGCAGCCUGGGGAGGCCCAGCCCCUGCCCGCAUCCGAGCUGCCGGUACUUUCCAAGAUCCACCCCCACCGGCGGAUAA